AUGCUGCGGAGGCUUUUGGGCUCACGCAGCGGCGUCACGCCUUGACUGGUAGAAACAGUGUAACCGGGUCGGUCACUGUACUUUUCCUUUACCUGCAACACAGCGUGCCUCAUCCCCGGAAUAAAAGGACUGUCAGAAUGGCAGCGCUCUCCAAGGAGUAUGGCUAUGUGGUUCUCACCGGAGUCGCCAGCAUAUUCAUGGUUGCACACUUGGCGGUGAAAGUUGGCAAAGCCCGCAAGAAGUACAAAGUCGAUUAUCCUCAGAUGUACAGUGAUGACCCAGAAACGGGAAAUAUCUUCAACUGCAUCCAGCGUGCACAUCAAAACACUCUGGAGUCUUACCCUGCCUUCCUCUUCUGCCUGGCUGUCGGAGGCUUGCACUGUCCUCGUCUUACCAGUGGACUUGGAGUGGUGUGGAUUAUAAGCCGAGAGGUUUAUGCACAUGGGUACUCUACAGGAGAUCCUAAGAAAAGGAUGCGGGGGGCCUUUGGAAACGUGGCUAUGCUCGGGAUGAUGCUGACCACUCUCAACUUCGGCCGGCACCUUCUGGGCUGGACGGGACCACGCAUGAAGUCCUUAUAUUGCUCUCACUGAGGGCCUUCCACAUCACACUCCCCCUGGCUGAGCAUGGCAAGGCCUUAAGGGUGGGCUUGAAUAAUCACAUUUUCAUUGGGGCCAGUUUGGAUAAAUAACCAUACAGUCAAACUCUGAUCAGUUUCACAUGUCAAAUCAUUUUAUCUAGGAGAACUGGUCAGGUCACUUGAUAGCAUAAUCAUGUUAUCAAGUGACCUGACCAGUUUUCCUAGAAGGAUUAUGUUAGAUUACUGGGCCAUGGUGCAGGCCUGUUCAUGCUCCCACAAGAUUGCAAGUUCUGACAGGUUGUCUUGACAGUUGUUUUGAAGCACAUUGAUCUUGACAUUUUGUCCCAAGUGGCCACUUUGGACAAUUUUUUUUUUUUUUUUUUUUUUUUUUUUUUUUUUAAAUUUAAACGUCUCGUUGAUUUGCCUUAAAAAAUGGAAAUACAGUGAAGUUUAAAGGGACAAUUCAAUGGGGAAAAGAGCCUCAUUUAUUUUCCAUGUUUAAACGACAUCAUACUUGAGGCAGUGCUUUAUCUGGACUUUUGUUAAGCUGCCAAAUUCAAAUAUAUUGCACUUACUCACAUAGCAAUAAUCAACAACUGGGUAUAAUAUUGCUGUUGUCAUGUAAAAACCUGUGACUCUAAUCUUGCUGAUUUCCAUAUUUUGACUUUGAAUGACUCCUUGUUCCUCUAUUUCCUCCCAAAAAAAGCAAUUAUGUUAUAAAGUUUUGCCAGUCAGUGGUAUUAAAUAUCCAUUGGUUCUAAA